AUGAUAGCGGCAGCCCUGGGCUAUAUCGACGUGGUUUGCCUUCUAGUCUCUUAUGGAGCCGUUCUUAACAGUAAAGAUAAAAAUGGAAACACAGCACUUCAUUUAUGUGUUGUGGGAAAUCACGUUAAAAUGACACAAUUCCUGAUAGAAAAGGGCGCAGAAAUCGAUUCACUAAAUAAUAGGAAUCAGACGCCGUUAGUGGUGGCGGCAGAGUUGGGUCACACAGAAGUGGCAGAAGUGCUCAUUAGGAGCGGCGCUGAUCUUCAGGUCCAAGAAAAGAGCGGAAGGACUGCUCUAUACGUGGCUUCGAGAGGAAGUUUUCAGGCAAUCGUCGAUAUGUUGAUAAGGGCUGAGAGGGAGAAGAUUCUGAAAUUGAAAAUAAAUAGAGACGGUCUGAGACUUUCGCAAAACUCACGGAAAGAGACGUUUGAAUCGGAGGACUGCAACGAUAUCGAGGCCACCAAUCAUUGCGAGCAUGAAAUCAAUCAAAACAUAUCAUUAAAUCAUUUCAAAAAAAUAUUAUGGAAUCUCUCGCGGAAUCAC